UCUCUUCGUGCUGCGCAGCCAACAGCCUCUCCUUCACCCUCUUUGCUGCGCAGCCUUGUGAUGAACACACACACACACCCACUGCUCUUAAGAAGAAAUGAAGAAAAGCAAGCGAAGGGAUCCAAGGAGAGGGAGAUCAAAAUCGGAAGGGAAGGGGGCCGUGUCUCACGCCGUGCAGUCGCGUCGCGCCUGUCACGAGUUCGCCGCCACCACCGCGCCGUCGCCAGAAAGGGCAGAAUCGAUAUGAGUUUGGCUCGCGAGUGAGGGUGGUCGCGAGCUUGGAGCCUCCGCGCCAUCGUCACCACUGCAUCCACGCUGGUUAUCGCCGCUGUGAUGCACCCGAGGGGAGAGGAGUCGCGUUGGAAGGCUGGCCGCCAGGGGCGCUGUUGCUGCGAACCAGCCGCCGCCGUGCAUCCUCGUUGCCACCACUAACCGGCCAAGUCGCCUCUCCAUGGUCGCCGCCGUGGGUUUUUGCUGCUGGUGAGGAAGGGACGCUACCUUGCGACAUCACCGGCGUGCCUGGGUGCUGUUGCUGCGAGCGUGCCAUCACCAGAGCUGGGUGGUUGCUGUCAUGGGAGCCAUGAAAGAAGGAGGGAGAAGUCGUGCCGUUGUUCUGGUCACUGGGGAUUCUAUGGCCGUCGAAAGCUGCCGCUGCCCAACCAGCUGCAACCGGGGUUGUCUCCUACCGUGCAUGGCUGCCGAAGAAGUUGUUGUGGCCGCCGGAACCACCGCCAGAGCUACUGAUUACUUCUGCCAUCGCCGGAAAGUUUUCCUUCGUCGUGAUUGGAAUUCGUCGCCGCUGCUGCUUGAGGUGGCUGCCGGGCUGCCGCCGAGCCGGUUCGGAGACCGCCGCAGUGUCGGUUCAGCCGCUCCUCCUUCGGUUUGAGUUGUGGAGACUGUUGCGAAAGUGGCUUGGAGCUGAGGUUUUGGUUGCCGUCAGUUCGGUUUGAGGCGGAAAGGACUUGAUGAGGCUUUUGGGUUAUGGAAUUUGUGUUUUGAGGUAGGGGCGCUUUCCAAACAAUAUGUUUUAUGUAUUGGAAUUAUUACAUAUGGAUACUGAUGUGAGAUAUUGUGUAUUUGGUGAUUGUAUCUGCCUUAUGUAUUAUUUGAUUGACUCGAAUGAUUACGGAUGUUGAUUUGGCUGAAUUGUU